AUUUUCUGAGGCGCUCGUGUCCGUGCUAAGAAAGGUACUGUAGAAUGAAAAGUACAGCAUUAAUGAUGUUCUGUUUACUCAAAUCCAUUGCUGGAGUAGCAAUCUAUGUUACUUGUAUAUUCACUUUCACGUCCAUGGCUUGCACUGACUUCAGUUAUCAAUUAUCGAACUACCAAGUUGGAAGGAUAACUACGUCUAUUACUUGGUUAGAAGUCAGUAGCAUCUGCAAGUCGUCUGGUGGACAACUUGUGAGCUUCAAUACAGCGGAUGAAUCGGCUGCUCUUCUAGAUUUUUUGACGAAAAAUUGUCCAAGUGGUCUGUAUGUAAUUGGGUUAUCCCGAAAGUCUGGGCUUAGGAGAGAUAUAAGUGCAAACUGGAUCUGGGAAACUGGAGAAGCAUAUCAGGGUGAGAUACCUUGGAAUAUACAGGUAUUAUCAGAUCCUAACGAACCAAAUGCAGUACGUAGUGGUGUACGAAUCAAUAUUGAGGAUGGCAAGUUCCGUGACUGCAAUGUACACGGUGACCUUAAAACUUGGUAUAGAACAUAUGGAUACAUUUGUGAAAAACACGUUAGUCCAAACUCAACUUAUUUCCAAACGACGCAGCAACUCAUUGGAUGUCGUCAUCACGAUUCUAUUGGUACCAUGAGUGCUCAAUGCUUUAGAUGCGCACUUAAAUGUUUCAAAGAUGAUGAAUGCCUUGCGUUUAAAUAUGACGAUGGUGGAGGUUGCCAGGUUAAAUCAGACUUGAUGGAAAAUGCGCAUUAUUAUACUCGAUUGUGGGUCUAAUGUAGACCUAAAAAAUAACUAGGCAUAUAAAUCCGUUUACCGUGGCUGAUUGACAAGCAGGGCUGGUGUGUUUGUGUGUGGGGUGGGGAGGAUCGAAGAUUAAAUUAGGAUCGAUGAUUAAGGUGAAUUGAGGUAAUCUUUAACCACUUGGGCGUAAGUUUUUUGCUAACGAAAUUCAUUGGGGAGAUGGCAGCUGGGGGAGCGACCAAUGCCGUAGCAUUGGGACAGUCCCACACACUUUUUCUAAUGGGUCCACAAAUGAUGGGCCCACAAUUUAAUAAAUGGCUCCAAAUUAUGCUAUUUUAUGCGUAAAAUGAGUCCACUAUUUAUAUAUUAUCUAGCCUAAAAUGGGUUAAAUUUUAAGAAAAUGGGUCCAGAUUUUUUAUAUUUUUGCGUAAAAUGGGUCAACUUUUAAGAAAAUGGGUCCACAUUAUUGAACUUACACGUAAAGUGGGUCCACCCUGAUACCGUCCUGCACUGCUUGAAAAUCCUGGCUACGGCACUGGGAGCGACCUUUUACUUUUUGAGUGGGGAAGGCGGUGUGCGCUCCCUAAUCCCAAUGUAGUAAACCACUGGCUAUCUAUCAAUCAUGUGUGUACGUGUGUAGACCAACCAAACACUUCGAAUAACUCAGAUCUUAUUGAAAAGCUGCAAAACUCAGAUAGCUUAAGACAUAGCUCAGCAAAACCGUACUAAAGUACAAAGGUAUAGGCUAAUUCUGAAUGAAAUGAAGGAGUUUGUUAACUUAUUUUAGAGUUUCAAUAAAAGAUGUUAAAGCUA